AUGAAUACUUUGUCGUCGUUCAUUCUUAACGAACGAUUUUGGUUAGCAGGCAAUACAACUUGGCAGGAUUUUGCUCGAAUCGAAAGAGAUGAAAACAUCAAGUUAACAAAUCCAAAUGAUCUUCUCUAUGUUUAUCCUUUGGCCGCUAUUAUUUCUGUGGUACGAAUGGUUUUCGAGAGAUACAUAGCUAAACCAAUUGGUCGAUCACUUGGUAUUCAAGGUAGAGUUAAAAGAAAUACAACAAGAGAUAUGAAAACUACUGCAACAACAGUAUCAAGUCGUUCUACACCAAUAGAUGCAAAUCAAACAGAUAAACGAGAACAAGUAGACAGUAAUGAUAGUGGUUCAUCAGUGUCAACAGUUCGUUAUCCACGUACUAGUCCAUUAGCUAAAUUUAGUGAAUCCUGUUGGCGUUUUACUUUUUAUCUAAUUAUAUUCAUUUACGGAGUUGUCGUAGUUCUAAAUGUGAGCAUAUUGAUGUAUAUAUGUCUGUUAACUCUUUUUAUUUUAAGAAAUCAUGGAACUGGGAUACACGUCAUUGUUGGUUAG